CUGAGUGAGAAAAAGAUGUGCUAAAUAAAGAUUGAUUGGUUUGAAUCCUGAAGGGGUCUCCCACUUGUAAAUGACCCAGGGAGAAAAAAAAAAUUCAUGACGACUUCACUGGGCCUCCUCUUAUUCUUCCAUUUUUCUUUCCACCUGUCCUCUUCAUGGAAUAGAGCGUCAUUCCUUAGAGCACAAAAUCUCUUGUGCAUCUAAUAAUGAUUGUGCUGUGAUAGGGACUCCUUAGCAGUCUUAAGCGUGAGGCUUGAAAUAUUAACAGAUGAUGGUUUGUUCGUUUGGAUUACUGCGGAACUGCAGCUCCGUCCCUGCAAGGAUUUUAUCCUCAGCACUGCACUGAUUAAGCUAUUUUUCUACAAAGAUGGGACAGGAGGCGUUCCAAGCCUGCUGCCAUCUCUUUAACCUGCGAUUUUAAUUCUAACACAGUGUGCAGGGUAGAAGGGAACAGGACCCACAUGUCAGUGGUCUAGGAUGGCCAGUGAAGGCUCCAACAUCCCAAGUCCUGUGGUCCGUCAGAUUGACAAGCAGUUUCUGAUUUGCAGCAUAUGCCUGGACCGUUACAAGAACCCCAAAGUACUUCCCUGCCUGCACACUUUCUGUGAGAGGUGUUUACAGAAUUACAUUCCAGCCCAUAGCUUAACCCUUUCUUGCCCCGUGUGCCGCCAGACCUCCAUUCUGCCAGAGAAAGGGGUUUCUGCACUCCAGAACAACUUCUUUAUCACCAACCUGAUGGAUGUCCUGCAGCGAACGCCGGACAACAGCAUUGAGGAGUCCUCCAUCUUGGAGACUGUCACUGCUGUUGCUGCAGGCAAACCACUCUCCUGCCCCAAUCAUGAUGGAAAUGUGAUGGAGUUUUACUGCCAGUCCUGUGAGACAGCCAUGUGCCGGGAGUGCACCGAGGGAGAGCAUGCAGAGCAUCCCACGGUACCACUCAAGGAUGUGGUGGAGCAACACAAGGCUUCCCUCCAAGUCCAGUUGGAUGCUGUCAACAAAAGGCUUCCAGAGAUUGACUCAGCGCUUCACUUUAUAUCUGAAAUCAUACACCAGUUAACCAAUCAAAAGGCUAGCAUCGUAGAUGACAUUCAUUCCACUUUUGAUGAACUCCAGAAGACUUUAAAUGUGCGAAAGAGCGUGCUGCUCAUGGAGCUGGAAGUGAAUUAUGGCCUUAAACACAAAGUCCUCCAGGCACAGCUGGAUACCUUACUAGAAGGACAGGAAAGCAUUAAAAGCUGCAGCAACUUUACAGCCCAAGCCCUCAACCAUGGCACUGAAACCGAAGUGCUGCUGGUGAAGAAGCAGAUGAGUGACAAGCUGAACGAACUGGCCGAGAGGGACUUCCCGCUGCAGCCCCGAGAAAACGAUCAGUUGGACUUCAUAGUGGAAACAGAAGGCCUGAAGAAGUCCAUUCACAACCUGGGCACUAUUUUAACCACCAACGCUGUUGCCUCUGAAACUGUUGCCACCGGUGAGGGACUGAGGCAGACGGUGAUCGGACAGCCCAUGUCCGUUACCAUCACAACCAAGGACAAGGAUGGGGAGCUCUGUAAAUCUGGGAAUGCUUACCUCACUGCUGAACUGAGCACGCCUGAUGGGAGCGUGGCGGAUGGAGAAAUACUUGACAACAAAAACGGCACUUACGAAUUUUUGUAUACUGUUCAGAAAGAAGGGGACUUCACUUUGUCACUGAGACUUUAUGAUCAACAUAUCAAGGGCAGCCCGUUCAAACUUAAAGUGGUCAGGUCAGCAGAUGUGUCUCCUACCACUGAAGGGGUUAAGAGACGUGUUAAAUCUCCAGGCAGUGGUCAUGUGAAGCAGAAAGCUGUGAAAAGACCUGCGAGCAUGUACAGCACUGGCAAAAGAAAAGAGAAUCCCAUUGAAGAUGAUUUGAUCUUCAGAAUAGGCACCAAAGGAAGAAACAAAGGGGAAUUUACAAAUCUUCAAGGUGUAGCUGCAUCUACAAAUGGAAAAAUAUUAAUAGCAGACAGUAACAACCAGUGUGUGCAGAUAUUUUCCAAUGAUGGUCAGUUCAAAAGCCGUUUUGGCAUACGAGGAAGGUCUCCUGGCCAGCUGCAGCGGCCAACAGGAGUGGCUGUGCAUCCCAGUGGUGACAUCAUUAUUGCAGACUAUGAUAACAAAUGGGUUAGCAUAUUCUCAUCAGAUGGAAAAUUUAAGGCCAAAAUUGGGUCUGGAAAGCUCAUGGGCCCCAAAGGUGUUUCGGUGGAUCGUAAUGGACACAUCAUAGUAGUGGACAAUAAAGCAUGCUGUGUCUUCAUCUUCCAGCCAAAUGGCAAAAUAGUCACCAGGUUCGGAAGUCGAGGAAAUGGUGACAAGCAGUUUGCAGGUACACUUGAUGGUCCUCAUUUUGCAGCUGUAAACAGCAACAAUGAAAUUAUCAUUACAGAUUUUCAUAACCAUUCUGUCAAGGUCUUUAACCAGGAAGGAGAGUUCAUGCUGAAGUUUGGAUCAAAUGGAGAAGGAAAUGGGCAAUUUAAUGCACCAACUGGAGUAGCAGUAGAUUCUAAUGGAAAUAUUAUCGUAGCAGAUUGGGGAAACAGCCGAAUACAGGUUUUUGAUGGAAGUGGAUCAUUUUUAUCCUACAUUAACACCUCUGCUGACCCCCUUUAUGGUCCCCAAGGUCUGGCUCUUACUUCGGAUGGCCACGUUGUAGUUGCAGACUCUGGAAAUCACUGCUUCAAGGUCUACCGAUACUUACAGUAGCAACGAGCUCUGGAGCUGGAUAAUCACUCACCCUUAAGAAAAGACUUGUCCUAGAGAUCCAGUGCCGGAUAUCUCCUAUUUUGUGUUUAUUUUUAAUAACAAAGGAGUCUCUUAUGGACUUCUUGUGAUUAUUUCCAAUCUUACCUUGUUUACAUAGGACUUGCAACUCUUAUGUUUCUCACUGAACUUUUUCUUGUGUUAAUAAAAAAAAAUCCUCUGUAACUGAAUUCAUAAAGACAAUGUGAAAUUAAACACAAACUGCAUCCUGUGAAACUGGAAUUAACUAAUAAGGCAAAAAUGAGAAGUUUGGGAAAAGUCCCCAAAGCUUUUUGAUGACUGCGAAGGAUAGCUCCUGCUCAGAUUUAAAGAAGUAUCAUUCUUACACGUUAUUUAACCCGGGGGUGACUCUGGGAAUCUUCUAGAUCUCAUUAUCAUGGUAGGUAUUACACUUCUAACAUUCUUCAGUCUUACUGUGUAGAACAAGUAGGUCCUUUUACUAUAAGGUUAAAUCUCACAAAAUCCAUCUAGCUCUAACCGUCAACACAGCUCAGUGUUUAGCACUAUGAGAACCAAUGCAAAUUCCCUACUCAUGUGGAAUUAAUGAAGGAUUGUUUCGUGCGGCCGUUGUUCACUCUUCCUCUUGCUCAAUGUGCAGGAAGGACUUUGCAGAGACCUGACAUUUCUAAAGCUCUGGAAAAACUUAAUUGUAGCGAUACAUUAGUGGAAGAGGAAUUUUCUGUAUAACCACAGACCUUCUGACACCAAACUAGUUCAUUAGGAUCAGGGUUAUUACAAUGUCAAGUCAAUUAACCUAAUGUGUGCCACUCUUUCGUACGUGUUCAUUGCCAUGUUUCCUUACGGCAACUCAUUGUAUUAACCUCUAAAAUAAGAUGCAGCUUCACACAGGACAGAAAGCCAGAGAAGUACCCUGUGGAGGACCUAUGUUAUACAACCAAAGGAACUGUGGUAAACAGAGGUUGUAUAGGAAAGCCAAGGGUUACCAAAGCUAUUUGUUUUUAUGUGAGAAAAAAUACGUUACAAAUAAAAAUGAAUUUGAACCAAUUCCUGAAGUCCUUCAUCAAAGGGAAUUUUGUUAGAGGACAAAACAAGGACUGUGAGAUUUGUUCCAAUUUGUUUGUAUGUAUGUAUGUAUGUAUGACUGAUUGACGUAAAAAUUAAAAAAAGGUAAAUGUGGGUUAUUUCAGCAAACUGGAACGUAUGUAUGAUAUUUGACAAUGGCAGUACUCUGAAAAAUGACCUUUCUUCCUCUGCCAGAUCUCUCUACUGUGUUCUUUGUUGAAGUAUUAAUUUAACUGGAAAUGCUUACAGGCAUGGUUCUGUUUUUAAUGUUUGGUUUGUUGGGGGUUUUUAAAGUAUGACCUUGUCCUUUCUAAAGUAGCAUUGGCUUUAUUCUUAUUUCUAUAUCCAGUGGUCAAAGGUUGAAUUGCUACUGUAGCCUGAUAUAGAUAGAGUGGUGCUCCCUUUCAAGUGUUGCCUGAG